AUGUCAUCCAAUGUUGCAGAUAAGCAGAUUCAACUUGAUGAAGAGUAUCAAUUAACAUCAGAACAAAUUCUAAUCGAAAAUCAAAUAAUUUUUAAAUCACUUGAUGAAUUUAAAAGAAAAUUCAUCGAUUUCGAUGCAAGACUUAAUAUUGUCGAACAACAACAAAAACACAUUCCGUCUAUAUCAUCACAACAAAAUUCAUUUGAUAAUUGUUCGAAAGGAACAAAUUCUUCGUGUAUUCUUGUAGAAAAAACAAUUCCCAAUGAAAAACCACGUUCAACCUGUUUUUCAUGUCGUUGGCAGAAAAAACAUUGUUCAUUGUAUUUCAAAGAUUUGUACGAUUUUGAUAAACAAGAAAUUAAUAUAAAUAUUGGUGCUGAUUCAAAUCGUUUAACAUGUAGAUGUGGUCAUCUAAUUCGUAUUCAUGAACGUCAUCCAGAUUUACCACAAAAACCACUUCCUUCUUUUGCAAAUCCACCAUGGGGACAAUUUUUAUAUGAAGAAUUAGUUCCACCAUUUAUUCAAGAUUGGAUCUGGUGUAAUUAUUUAUUUUUAACUAUAAAUGGAAUAUCAAUCGAUUUAAUUGAAAAAGAUUUAAAUAAUUCCAUCGAAAAAAUUCUUUUUCUAAAUGAUAAUCUAUUAAUUGGUACAGUUAAUUAUCUCCAUAAAUUAUCUUCGAAAACUUUGAAUAAAACAAAUUUAUCAUUAGAAUUAUCAACACAAUCAUUUGAUUAUCAUUUUAAAAUUUUAUCGUUAAUAAAUAAAAAUAAUCUACUUCUAUGUGGAACAGUUUAUCAAGGUUAUUGUCAAAUAUAUGAUGAAAAUUUUCAUUUAAUUAUUAAUUCAUCAUUACCAAUUGUUGCAAAUGAUCCAAUAAAUAGUACAAUUGGAUUAAUUAUACCUGAGAAAAAUCUCAUUUAUUUUGGUGUUACAUAUACAAAUGAUGGAAAUUAUCGUUGGCAAAUACCAAAUAUAUCAGGACGUUCAUUAAAUUUAACAAAUUUUAUGAAAAUUUUAUCUGUGAAUGAUGAUGAUACAAUAUCUCGGGAUGAUUUAUCAUUACGUUUUAUGCCGCGACAACAAACAACAUUUAUUGUUCAAUAUAUUUAUUCAUUUUAUCGUGGAAAUUAUAUUUAUUUUUUAACAAAUCAACCUUCUGAUAUUGAACAAACAAAUAUUAUAACUAAAAUUAUACGUUUCUGUCGAAAUACAUCAAAUUCUUUAAUACGUUCAUAUACAGAAAUACCAUUAGUUUGUUUAAAUUCCGAAUGGAUAUUAAAAUCUGCUCAAACAAUUCUUGAUAAUAAUAAUCAAAUGAUUUUAAUUGGAUUAUUUGUUAAACGUGAUGGGUCAAUUGGAACGAAUAUUUGUUCAUGGAAAAUUCAAAAUGAAAUUGAUAAAGCAUUUUUAGAUAAUUAUAAAAAUUGUUAUUCAAUGGGUAUUGGACAACGUGGGUUAAAUUUUAUUAAACCAAAUGAACCUUGUAGAAAAGAUGAAAGUUGGUCAAUUGGAAUGACAAAUGAUGAUGAUGAUAUAUGUCCAUGGAUAAUUAGUGAUCGUUUACCUUAUCCUGUAGGUGGGAUAAGUCCUAUUAUUGGUCGACUAUUUUAUGAGAAUUCACUUGAAAAUUCGAGCGCUAUGCAGCUGUAUUCAUUCGGUUCAUCAAUUCUCUUUUUACAAGGAUUAACCAAUGGUACUUUUAAAUUGGGUAUAUUUGAUUUUCUACUGAAUAUAAAUUGGAUAUAUUCACAUCAAUUAUCAACACAAUUGCCAAUUCUAUCUGAUAUUGUAUUUGAUAAUCGUACAGCAAGUUUUUUUCUUGCAUCUGGAUCAAAGAUUUAUCGUUUAUCAUUUGCUGGUGAUUGUUCAUCACGUUUGUCAUGUGACGAGUGUUUGUCUUCAUCAAAUAAUGUUUUUUGUGGGUGGUGUUCGACAACUGAACGGUGUACAUUGUUAAGUGAUUGUUCGAUUAAAUCAUGGCAACAAGAGACCAAUCAAUGUACACAGAUUAUCAAUAUUAAACCACUGAAUGCAUCGAUUGAUCAAGAUCAAUGGAUAAAUUUAACUUUAUCACGAUUACCAUUAUUAGAACAUAAUGAAAUCUAUCAAUGUAUUUUUGCAAAUCAAAUAAUAUCAGCAAAUACACAAGCAAUUAAAUUAGAUUAUAAUCGACUUUCAUGUCCUACACCAUCAAAUUAUUUGAAAAAAUCUCAUAUACAAAUGGGAAACAAAUUUCAAGUACGUUUAUCCGUGAUAAAAUGGCCAUCGAAUACAAGUAUUGCAACAAUACCUGAAUUUACAUUUUAUGAUUGUUCAUCGUAUUUAUCAUGUGAAUCUUGUCGAUCUGAAAAAGGAUGUCAAUGGUGUUCAGAUCGCUGUUCAUCAGUUUGUACUGAAAAAUCUUCAAUACAAUGUCCAUCAUUUAAUCUUCGAAAUUCUUCCAAUAUAUUUAUUGAAUCUGGACAAUCCAUUGAUAUUCCUUUACAAUUUUCUAAUAUAAUUAAAUCUACACUUGAAUGUCGUUUAAAUGAAACAAUAUCUGGUUUUAUUGAUGAAAAUAACAUCUGCCAUAUUUCAAAAAUUCCUGAAAUAAAUACUGAUAACAAUCAAAUGACAUAUUUAUCAAUAUAUGAAAAUAAUCUAUCAAUUGGUAUUCCCAUAAAAAUGUUUAUUUAUCGUUGUGAUCUUUAUGAUUCAUGUGAUAAAUGUCAAUUACAUGUAACAUGUUCAUGGUGUCAAGGUAAAUGUUUAUCAAAAAAAGAUAAUCAAUGUUCAAUAAAUACUCCAUGUACAUCAUUAAAAAUCAAAGAUUUUUAUCCAAAAAUUCUUCCAUUAAAUAGUGAAACAUUUGUAACAAUUUAUUUAAAUGAUAUAAUAGGUGAGAAAAUUAAUGAAAUAACAUUAGCUGAUAUACCUUGUCUAAUAAUAAAAAUCUCAAAUCGAAUUGAAUGUCAAUCAAAUCGAUCGAAUUCAUCUCGACAUGGUCCAAUUAAAAUUCAAUUAGAUAAUUCAAUUAUUAUUUUUUCAAAAGAUUCGAUUGAAUAUCGUCAAUCAUCAAUAAUUUCAUUUAAUCCAUUAAUUGUCUAUGAAUUUGGUGGACAAAUUUUAACUAUAACUGGAAAUAAUUUACUUAUUGGAAGUUCACAACAAAUAUUUAUUGGAAAUUUUCAAUGUAUAACAAUAAAAAAAUCAAUAACAAAUGUUUUAACAUGUCGUUUACCAUCAUUAUCAUCAGGAUUUUAUAAUGUUACCGUUCUGAUAGAUGGAAAAACAGUUCUAAAUAAUGGAAUUCAUUUAAAAGUAACACCUAAUCCAAUUGUUCAAGAUAUUAAUCCAAUUACAAGUUUUGCCAGUGGUGGCCGAUUAAUAACUAUUCGUGGAAUGUAUUUUGGAUCUGCACAAUCGAUAAUAGUUGAAUUUUCCUAUCGAAAAUGGAAUGCAAAAUUACAAAUAAUUCCGGAUAAUAUCAUAUCAUCCGAUGAUGGAUUAAUAUCAUCAUUUAAUUUUCGUACACCAGGAAUUCCAAGUUCAUCCGAUGAAUUUAAUUCUCCACCAGUUGAUAUAAAUUUUUCACUUGAUUUUGAUGAUUCAAUAUUAUUACCAAAUUUAAUACAAUUUCAUUAUAUAUCAGAUGUUUUAUUAAAUGUAUCAACAAUUCCACCAACAUUACCAUAUACAGGUGAAGAACUUAAAUUACAAGUAGAAAAUUUAACUGAAGCAGCAUCAAUGGAAGAUAUUGAAUUAUUUAUUGGUUGUACUGAAUGUAAACUUAAAACAUUUACAUCAAAAGGAAUAACAUGUCAACCACCAUCAAAAUUAUUAAUAAAUACACCAUUACUUUUAAAUAAUCAACAACAUCAAGUCGAUUGUACUGUAUAUAAUUCUUCAAUUAGUCCAAUUCGUUUUCGUAUUGGUUUUCGUGAAUAUUUAAUUGGUUAUUUAUCAUAUAUUCAUGUAACAUCAUCACGAUAUUCCGUUGCUACAAUUAUUUAUUUAUCAUUAGCUAGUUGUCUAUUAACAAUUGCUUUACUUACAUUUGCUAUUUGUUUAUAUAUUAAAUUACGAAAUUCAAAAGAAAAAAGUUCUUCUUUGUCACCAAUAAGACCUAUUGAACAAAAUGAAAAAGCAUUUUGGUCAACAUCAACAUCAGCAGCUGCUGGUCCUUAUUAUCAAGUCUAUGAACAAAUUUCAUCGUCAUCAUCACAUCAAAAUACAUUAACACGUGCACCUUUACUUGUUUGUCCAUAUCAUCAACAUUAUAAACAAGAUUAUUCAACAUUAUCAUUAAUGCAACAAUUACAAAGCAAAGCACCUGUUUUAACUACAAUAUCAAUUGAACAUGAACAAUUAAAAAAAUUAAUAUAUACAUCGGAUGUUAAAUCAAAUUCAUCAAAUCUUCGUCAAUCAAUGGAAUUAUUUUAUGAUUUACUUGGCAUGACCCCAUUUUCUGAAGCAUUUAUUGAUGAAUUAAUAAAAAAUGAUUGUAAUGAUUUAUUAAAAUGUUAUAUCUAUAUCUAUCGUUAUAAUCCAUCAAAUUUAAAAUCAUUUCCAAUAACACGUCAAAUAACAUAUUUAAAAUUAAUUUCAUCAUUAUUAUUUCAAUCUAAAACAAAUUCAAUUGAAAUAUUUCAUAUAUUUGAUAAAUUACUUGAUUCAUUAAUAAAUUAUCUUGAUUGUGGACCAUGUGAUCAAUUAUUAAAUCGUUCAAUAAAUUCUUUAUCAUCCUCAACAUUAUUAUUAAUACCAAAUUUUGAAUAUAAUUCAAUUGAUUUAUCAAUAAAUUAUGAAAAUCUUUUACGUUUUCAUCUUUCUGUAUUUGAUUGUGAUACAAUUGAUCAAGUAAAAACAAAAUUAAUUCAUUAUUUAAAUUCCUAUGAACAAACUUCAUAUGAACAAAUUGAUUUAUCAAUUUCACCAUUAAAUAUUUGUUCCUGUACACAACAAAUACCAAUAUUAAAACAAUAUUCAAUAAAUUCAACGAUAAUAUGUCGAAAAAAAACUUCAUGGAAUUUAUCAUCGGAAAGAAAAUCUCAUUAUCAAUAUCAUUUAUGUCAAGAAAAUGAUUUAAUUAAAGAUGAAAAUCUUAUCUUAAAACAAUUAAUACAAAAUAAAAAAUAUUUCAAUGAAAUUUUAUUAAAUUUCUAUAAAGAAAUUCUCAAUGGAUUAAAUUUCAUCACAAUCGAUAAUAAAUCUCAAGAUUUAUUUAAACAAUACAUACAAUUAAUAAGUGAUCUUAUACGACAAAUAAAUCAUUUAAUGUUAUCUAGAUCAACAUGUCCAAUAAUUCAAUCUUGUUUAAAUGUUAUUGCUGAUGGUUUAGAAUUUAUUUUUCAAACAAAAAAUUCUUUUUCAAAAGAAAUUCAAAUUUUAUUUGAAGAUGAGAAAAAAUAUUUUUCUUCAUUUAAUACAAAUCUAUUUCAAUUAUCUUCAUAUCCGUUGAGAAAUUCUUUAUUAUCAUCAUUAGAUAUUCGAUCAUUAAUACUUGCUGAUGAUACUUCAAUUGAUUGUCUUUUUAAACUUUAUCAAUUUUAUGAAUUACAUAGUGAAUCGAUUAAUCAACAUAUUGGAGAAAAUCAUGUCAGUGUUUUAUUACCUGUUCAUCAUCUACUAGUACAAAUUCGUCAAUUAAUUAAUUCAGAUACAAUUACAAUUAUUUGA